CUUCUUUGCUUCGACUUUUUUUUUUUUUCCUUUUCCGUAUAAAUUUUCUAUCCAGGGUUUGUAUUGUAAGUGUUACCAAAAGAAGAAAAGGAGGAGGAUCUGUAAUUUUCGUAUAUUUUGCCAUUUAUUUGUUUUCUUUAAAUAGGUAGACUUUGAGGAUAAAGCAAAGGAAAGGUGGUUGAGUGAGUGGGCGAUGCUUGCUUCCCCGGUAGUGUUUUGAAUAAUUAUUUUAGAAAUUACAGGGAAAAAAAAAAACCCUAGUCAUUUUUUUGUUUUCUCUCUGCAAUAUCUAUGGCUGAAAAUCCUUAGAUUUUACUUAUUAAUUUUGCCCCCUUUUUCUUGCCAGUUGCUCUCAGAUUUCCUUGUCUAUUUGGCAUUUUCUCUUCCCUUUCCUCCCAUUAACGCCUUGUUUGCCCAGCUAUUUGGCUAGUCAAAAUGGUGAGAGGCAAAACCCAAAUGAGACGCAUAGAGAACAAUACUAGCAGGCAAAUCACCUUCUCAAAGCGGCGAAAUGGGCUGCUUAAGAAAGCCUUUGAGCUCUCAGUUCUUUGCGAUGCCGAGGUUGCCCUUAUCAUCUUCUCUCCUAGAGGAAAGCUCUAUGAAUUUGCAAGUUCCAGCAUGCAGGAGACGAUAGGACGUUUUUUAAGACAUACAAAAGAUUCUCGAGCCAGCAAGCGGCCGACUGAAGAAACCAUGCAGAAUAUGAAGAAUGAAGCAGCUAACAUGAUGAAGAAGAUCGAGCAUCUUGAAGAUUGGAAACGGAAACUGUUGGGAGAAGGUCUGGAAUCAUGCUCUAUUGAAGAACUACAAGAGAUAGAACAACAGUUGGAGAACAGCGUAAGCAACAUUCGCGCGAGAAAGACAGUACUUUUCAAGGAACAGAUUCAGCAGCUUAAAGAAAAGGAAAUCGUCCUAGCCGCUGAAAAUUUAAGGCUGGCUGAGAAGUGUGGUGGAAUGCAAGUGGAAACAUUGAAUGGAUCAAAAGAGCUGGGAGAAAGCGAAAACAUUGGGGAUGAUAGUAAUCCAAUUUCUGAUGUGGAGACUGAGUUGUUCAUCGGUCUACCGCCGGAAAGAAGAGCAAGGCGUUUCCCAUUCCGCCGCCCAUGACCUCAACACCCCAACUCUUUCUGUCACUGUCUUCACUUCUAUCAAUAAAUAUACUUUCUACUAUAGUGUUAACAGUAUAGAAAAUAGAGUCAAAGUAAUUGUGUGCCUUUAUCAUUUGAAACACCUUUCUCAUUUUUAUCAUAUAAUGCUUCUGCUUAAUUGUAUGUAAUAUUAAAAAAAAAAAAAAUUUCUUCAGAUUGCUUUUCAAAUGGUAGUAAGUAAUUUAUUUAGUUGUUUAAUUCAA